AUGAGCGACCAAGAAUCCGUGUCGAUCAAAGAGGAAAACCACAAAGGCAUCGACUUGGACGCUGAAGUCGUCAGUCCUGUGAGCCUUUCUCUCGCUUCUAUCUCUCACUAUGCUAAAACAAGAGUCACAGACCUUGUUCCUUCCAAGGCCAUGAUGAGGGCCAACAGACACCUGCUGAACCCAUUGCCAGGUCUUAGAUUGAUCCCUGCUCGUCAGUGGAUUAUGUUCGCCUCGGCCUUCAUGGCAUGGACUUGGGACGCGUACGAUUUCUUCUCGGUGUCGCUCAAUGCUACUGCACUUGCCCAUUACUUCGGUAAGAACGUCAAGCAGGUCACCUGGGGUAUCACCUUGGUGCUCAUGUUGAGAUCGGUUGGUGGUGUCGUGUUUGGUUACCUCGGUGACAGAUACGGAAGAAAAUGGCCUUUGUGUCUCAACAUCCUGUUGAUGGCUUGCAUUCAGUUUGGUACCUACGGUGUGUCCACUUACGAACAGUUCCUGGGUGUUCGUGCCAUUUUCGGUAUCAUGUUGGGUGGUAUUUACGGAAAUGCUGCCGCUACCGCUUUGGACGACUGUCCUAUCGAGGCCAGAGGAUUCAUUUCUGGUCUUUUGCAGCAAGGUUACACUUUCGGAUACCUUUUGGCUGUUGUCUUCACCAGAGCCAUUGCCGACAACGUCGAGAUGGGAUGGAAGAGUUUGUACUUGUUGGGUGGUAGCGUUUCUAUCGUGAUUCUCAUCUUUAGACUUUGCUUGCCUGAUACACAAGCUUUCCUGCGUCAAAGGGAAAUCGAAAAGUACAAUAUUGAGCACAACAUUCCGCAGAAGACUUUCUUCCAAAAAGUCAAGGCUUCAUUGAAGCUUUACUGGCUAAUGAUCAUUUAUCUUGUUCUGCUCAUGGCUGGAUUCAACUUCAUGUCUCACGGAUCCCAAGAUCUCUAUCCAACCAUGCUUACAGAAGAAUACGUUUUCUCUUCUAAUAGAUCCACUGUGACCAACUGUGUUGCCAACAUUGGAGCUUUUGUCGGAGGUAUUAUAGUCGGACACAUGUCCAACUUUGUCGGUAGACGGUUAUCGAUUCUUAUUUGCUGCAUUGGUGGUGGUGCGCUGAUUUACCCAUGGGCAUUUAUUUCUGGGUCUGCCAUCAACGCAGGUGCAUUUUUCCUUCAAUUCUUUGUCCAGGGUGCUUGGGGUGUGAUUCCAAUCCACUUGUCUGAGUUGGCUCCACCAGACUUCCGUUCGUUUGUCGUUGGUGUGGCUUACCAGCUGGGUAACCUUGCAUCUUCUGCAUCUUCGACGAUCGAGUCGACCAUCGGUGAGUCGUUCCCAUACACAAACAAAAAGGGCGAAGCUACCAAGGAUUACGCAAGAGUGAUGGCUAUUUUUGUCGGUGCUGUGUUUGCCUAUGUUUUCUUGAUCACUUUGGUUGGUCCAGAAAACAAGAUGGCAUCGCUUACACAUAACCUCGAGGAAGAGGAGGACGCUCACAACCGCGAGGAGCGGGAACUGGAGAGCCAGGUUUAG